CUGGUGAGCCUACUCUGGGAUCGUGGAGUAUCUAGGGGAGCAUCCAAACACUGCUGGAGCUGAGCACCCGGGGCAGCCUGAUGGACUCUCCCCACUUCAUGCGGUUAUGUUUCCUGCUUCUGACCAUUGCAACUCCCUGUCCAAAUAUUGCUGUGCCCAUUGACAACCUUGCUGAGGGGACACAUGACUCUGCCUUUGGCAAAACAACUGUGACAGUCUACCACUGUAAAGACUGUGAGAGCAACAUAUGCAAAUCAUCCAAUUACGAAGACUUUGAAAAAAUUGGUGAAACGCAAAGUGAGACAUUUUCAAACGAAAUAAUUCAGUUGGUGACCAGUGAAACACGCAUCAUCAUGUGCUUUCAGGAAGGAAAUACUUUUCCUGAAGGAAUUUAUGCCAUCGUCUGGGAGAAAGCCAUAGCAAUAGGAGAUUCAUGUGGCAUCCUGAAUUCUGGAGCUUCCUCAGAAAAUGUGAGGAGUAACGUGGUUAAAAUUUGCUGUGAAGCAGCGACAGACCCCUCCAUGCCCAGCCUUCCCCUGAAGUGCUACAAUGAAAUGUCAGACCAGAAAGCUGAAAAAUCAACAGCCGACAUCACUGAUGAGGGGAAUCCAGGUAAUCCUCCAUUUUCAGUCAGCGAAAGGAGCAACAUUGGCAUCAUCAUCCCAAUACUGAUUGUUGCGGUUUGUGCAGCAGCACUGGCAACGUAUUGUGUUCGACAGAACCGAAAUGGUCAAGAGCAAGAGGUGGUCCAGUAGCAGGUGGGACAUGGUAACGGCCCUGAAGACUUCACACUCCAGAUUUCCAAGCCUAAAUACCGGCGGUUGGAUUCUAAUUCUCACCGAAAUCAACCUGUGCCUUUGGUGGCCUCACAUAUAUUUUUCCUUCAGUUCUGCAGCUGUUAAAACCAACCAAAUGGGCUCCUGACAGGAAACGCCUCGCACCUGUUUGAAAAACAUCUACAAAUGAGAAAACUGGGCCUCUAUGCUAGCAGCACACUCCUCAGUAAUGACAUACAGCAUUCACCUGAAGAAACAGAUGCUCAUUUUAUACAAGACCUCAUGGUUAGUUUUCACAAAUGUGUUUUCACCAAAUCCAUGCAUUCACUGAGGACUGUGAUUGCCACGGUCAUCCAGCUCCGUGCCUUCGCGAGCAACACGAGAAGCUCCCUGGAACUCCCAUACUCUCCCAGUGCUCUGCUGAGGACAGCAGUCAAUGUGUGGCUGGCUCAGCAGUACAGGUUUA